CAGGAUCGCCGGCUCGACCAUCAACCAACAACCAUGCGGCGCAAUGCCUGGGGCUCUGCUACUUAACCUUAAGUCAUGAAAGAGUAUUGACUUUAGGGCGCCUCCUCAAAACAUGGAUGACAGAGAGCCGGAGGAGGUUUCAAGCUCGAGGACAAGGCCGCGCACCUCGCUGGAAACGGGGCCAUACGUCCUGCGCAGUCUGCUCGAGGACCUACCGUUGUCGGCCGACGGCGAUAGAGAUGACAUCGAGAUCAAUUGUGUGGAGUUUCUGGACCAGAACCUCUAUGUUGGGACCUCUGCCUCCGAAAUCCUCCACUUUGUGCAAAUACCUCCCGAUCCUGAAGAUGCGUCGGGAAAGCCAUCAUACAUUCUAGCCUCGAGGCUCCUGCCAGCCUAUCAUCAUUCACCCACAGGAACCAGGCCAGGAGUCCAGCAGAUCCUGCUCCUCCCAAAGGGCAACAAGGCGUGCGUGCUAUGCAAUUGGACGGUUACAUUCUACUCCCUCCCGGAGCUGAGUCCGGUUUUUGGAACGACCCAGAUCCGGUCUUGUAAUUGGAUUGGUGGCAUUGAUCUCAAUUCCAACCAGGAUGGGGGUGGUCAGGAUGGCAGAAGUCCUUCGGUCACGGUGCUACUAUCAUUAAAUAAGAAGAUGAAGGUUAUCAGGAUUGGUGAUGAACCUCGAGCGCUCAGGACAAUCGAUUAUGCGGGAUGCACUCUCUCCAUACGCCGUGAUUCAUUUGCUUGUGUUGCCGAUUCACGAUCUUAUGCACUCCUCGAUGUUGAUCGUCAGCUCAAAAUACCAUUGUUUCCCAUUUCCUCGUUGGACGACUCACAGUCCGGCAGUAUUGGCGGCCGUGUCGAGGAUAUUUCAGGCAAUGUCGGAGCUGGUCUCUCACGAAGUGCAUCUUCGGCUCAAGGUAGCUAUUCUGCUUCUCCCAAUGACCGGGGUCACAAUCGGAGCACCAGUCUAGGGACGUUCAUGGGCGGUACUUCUCGUAGGGCUGAUCCUCGUGGCGGAGGUCCAGAUAAUUCGGGACGAGAGACGCCAGAUAUAUUGUUCCGAGAAGGUUCACCCGCCCCAGCUACAAGUCCACACCCCGCACCUCGAGACCCAAGCCCGAAUUCUAGUAAACCUCUACCUCCUGCCCCGUCAGAGAGUACAUCAGCCGAGCAACCUACUGCGACGGCUGCCUCAGGGCCUGUAUAUCUUAAACCGCACAUAGUCUCUCCAACACCACAAGAAUUUCUCUUAGUCACUGGGACUGUACCACGCGAUCCAGGAGUAGGUAUUUUCGUGAACCUCGAAGGUGAUGUGACGCGAUCGACUUUGGAAUUCGAUAGCUAUCCAGAUGUUGUUGUCACUGAUGGCCGUGGGGCCGGUGUGGAACCAACGCCGGCAAACUUUGAGGACGAAGAGGAGGGGUACGUGCUUGCAUCCAUGGCUCGUGACUUCGGCGAGGACCUGCGGUACGGCAUUCAAAUCCAACGAUGGGACGUGGACCCUGGGGAGGGUGAAAUAGAGAAGUUUUGGCUCGAAACACCAUCUGACGGUGACAAGGCCAAAAAGAACGAACAGAACAGAAUUGGGCUGCGUUAUGUGGUUGACUCGGGAGAUGUUUUCUUCGAGGAAGUUGUGGACAGACUUCGUCUGAAGCGCUUUUCGCCCUUUGUGUCGAGAUCGAUGAAUACCUCCACCCUGUCUUUGAGAAGUGUUGACUCUAGGACCGCGAUGUCCUUAGAGCGGGUAUCAGCAGAGAGGGAACUCUUUGAAAGUACAGAUUCUGUUCCGGAGGGGUCGGAGGAAAAGCGCGAUGAGGAAGAAAAGCAGUUUGCACAGAGAUUAGGUCAUUCCCAGACUCGUGUGGUAGCCUGGUCUGGCAAAAAUAUCUGGUGGACGGUGAGAAAUCCGUUGGCUCUACGGUUGGAUGCAAGUCUUUCAGCCCUACUACAUACCGAAGUUCGAGGAGAUCAGACAUAUCCAUCAUUCGAUAGGCGGAAAGCUGUCGAAAUUAUCAACUCUUUGCGUGGACGCGAGGCAAAGACCGAAACGGAGUUUCUAAGCUUGGGUUAUAUCAGGCAGCGCGCAGGCCUGCUGCUUUUCAUGAAUAUCCUGGAUGUCCCCGCCCAGCAGCCCACAGAGAUCGAAUAUCGUGCAACCGAAGAUGCGUUAUUGGAGGGCGGCCUUGAUCCACGUGUGAUUCUUGCAAUCGUACCAGUUCUGCGAAAUGAAAUCGUUGAAGGAAACACUGGCAUUUGGGUCCAUGGUGGUAUCAAAGAUUCUGCCGACAGCUUUAUCGCUAAUGGAUCACCUGAAAUUUCGGAUUCCAGAGAUGACAGCAUGCCUGACCAUAUUUUCCACUUUCUGCGCAGGUUUCUGGUUGCCUGGCGGAAAAAGAAAGGAUUUGGAAGUGUUGCGAACGAGAAUGAAGUGUUUAGAAGUGUUGACGCUGCACUUUUGGUCGUUCUCCUACAUUUAGAUAAGUCCUCUCCUCGAGGACCCCCUAAGGCUAAGUCACUACGGACAGACCUGUACGACUUGGUUGAUCAUGGCGUUGAUUGCUUUGAGAGGGCAAUAUUUCUCCUCGAAUCCCACCAUCGUCUUUAUGUACUCAGUCGUCUGUAUCAGAGUCGCAAAAUGGCCGGCGAAGUCCUUGCAACAUGGCGCCGAAUUGUGGAGGGUGAGAUUGAUGAAGGAGGAGAGUUUGUACAAGGGGAGCAGAAAGUACGGGAAUAUCUUGCCAAGAUCCGCAAUUCGUCCCUGGUACAGGAGUAUGGUGUCUGGUUGGCUACCCGCAACCCCAAGUUAGGAGUCCAAGUUUUUGCAGAAGACAAAAGUCUAGUCAAGUUUGAGCCGGUUCAGGUUGUCAGCAUCCUCCGAGAAGGAGCUCCUGGAGCGGUCAAGGACUACCUUGAGUAUCUGGUCUUCAGUAAGAAUCACGUCGAAUACAUCAAUGAGCUCAUAGCGUACUACCUGGACAUUGUUACCAGCAAGCUUGAGGAAUCAGAGGAAGCCAGGACAAUAUUGGUACAGACAUACGAGUCAUACCGAGCUUUGCGCCCUCCAAAACCUACGUACCGGCAAUUCAUCACGGAGAAUACCAUAGAUCAGGAAUGGUGGCAUAGCCGCCUUAGACUUCUUCAAUUGCUCGGAGGUAGUCAGGGCUCGGCGUCAGAAUACGACGUAGCUGCUAUCCUUGAACGAAUCGCACCGUACACUCAAGAGCUUGUUCCUGAAGUGAUCAUUCUUGACGGCAGACAAUCACGCCAUGAAGAGGCUCUUAGGCUCUUAACACACGGCUUGGGAGAUUAUGAUACAGCUAUCAACUACUGUCUUCUAGGUGGUUCAAGCAUUUACCACCCUAUUUCUGGGGCCAUGGCGAGAGACAUUAUUCCCACGCGGGAAGAGCAGGCAAAGCUCUUCGGCUUUCUCUUAUCGGAAUUCCUGCGCAUCGAAGACAUCAGCAAUCGUGUAGAGCAGACCAGCAGUCUUCUAGAACGGUUUGGUGGUUGGUUUGAUGUCGCCUACGUUCUAAGUGUAAUACCAGAUACAUGGUCCGUUGAGCUCGUGUCUGGGUUCCUGGUUAGUGCUCUAAGACGCAUCGUCAGGGAGAGAAGUGAGACUAUGAUUGCAAAGUCGUUAAGCGGAGCAGAGAAUUUGAAGGUUAGCGCUGAUCUCGUCAAGACGGUAGAAACUUCUGGGCCUUCGAUCGAAGCAUAGCGGUAGUCUUGAAUGCUGUG